CCUCAUCGUCUCUCUUGACCCCACAUCUCAUCAACCAGCAUCAAACAAAAUGGCCGCCACAGACGCAGCUCCUCCACAAACAGAGGAAACACCAUGGUAUGCCGCAUUUCCGGCCCCUAAGCUCAAGGCCGACGUUAUCUCCCGUACCGAAAUUCUCAAGUGGCUUCCCAACAAGCCUGCAACGCUAGACUUCGUCCUGGUUGACGUACGACGGGCUGACCAUGAGGGAGGUACCAUUUCAGGGUCCUUAAACCUACCCGCGCAAAGCUUUUAUCCCUCUCUUCCAACUGUAUAUUCUAUUCUCAAACAAGCAAAUGUGAAGAAAGUGAUAUUUUACUGUGGCUCGUCAAAGGGUCGCGGAACCCGUGCCGGAGGAUGGUUGGCUGACUAUCUCGCGGAACAUGACUCCACGGGGAUGCAGAGUCUGGUUCUUGAAGGUGGAAUUAAAGGCUGGGUAACAGCUGGAGAGGAAUAUGUGAAAUAUGUGGACGGCUACGAUGAGGCAGUCUGGAAGAAGCUGGGCGUGCUUUAGAAUCAAAUGUCGAAGACAGGCUGUUGAAAUGAUACAAAUGCAAGGCGGUAUAAGGUAAUCAUCCCUUAUAUUGAUAGGUCACCGUUCCCAUUACCCACUAUCCACAAAAAGAAAAAGAGGGGAGAGGGCUUUGGGAAAAAACCCAUCUGAACAGCUGUCGGAUAUUUGAUAAUACACUCAAGGGUAUUAAACGGUUAAAAGUAAAAGUCAGACCUCACAGUGAAAGGUAUAAAACAAAGUAGCCACGCCAUCUAGGAAUCACAUAAAACAAGAUCCAUCCCCAGAAACAGAACCAUCUCAAAUUACAGCAAGGUACAUUGCUCACAUAUUCUCAAUUGCUUUCAGUAGAACUUCCAUGCCUUUCCCAUCGGCUGAGUCCCGUACAAAGUCAUCAUCCUUCAGGAUCCACGCAAUAUCGCUCCACCAGCCCAAACCAACGAGUCCACUUCCUUUUUUCCUCUCGACACUCUCCUUCAAUCGACUGGUGUGCUCCCACUCUUUGGCAGCAACUUCUGCCGUUUCAAUAACCUUAGUAGGAAUCCCACACAUGGAUGCACAAUGCAUCCCAAAACUUCCUUCAGCAACUCCAUCCUCCAAUUUAUAUAAAAAUGUAACUCGUCUAUCCUCCUCGUCUACAUGAAUACGCAUGCGGCGAGGGGAGAUCUCCGGAUGCCCUUCAAACUCCGCGGCAAGGGAGUGAUAGUGUGUUGCAAAAAAACCCAGCGCGCCAAUAUGUGUUGCAACAUGGUGCAGCACAGCCUGGGCCACAGCAACACCAUCAUAGGAGCUGGUACCACGACCAAGUUCGUCCAAGAUUACAAGAGAGCGCGAUGUCGCUUCGGACAAAAUCUUUUUCGUCUCUGAUAGUUCCACAAAGAAAGUAGAUUGUGCACCGAAAAUGUUGUCGUUUGCUCCCAGCCGUGACAUUAUGCGGUCGACAGGGGUAAGUCUAGCUGACGCACAAGGGACGUAGCAGCCAAUUUGAGCCAUGAUCACGGCCGUACAUGUC